CGGACUUUUCCGUUCUCCAACAGUGUAAACUCGUCCUCGUCGUCUCGACGUGUGAACUCUGUUUGAGAGCGGCUCCGCGAACAGUUGCCAGCUGACUCAUCGACUUUCUUCCUGCACUCUCGUUUCUUCCUGACCACGGAAAGUAAGGGAAGAAGACAGAACGCGCUGAAUUCUCUGAAUGCCGGUGUUUUCUGGAAAGACACCAACAGACACACAUUUCUUCCGCCAAAUUGAGCGAGAGACAGGAAUCUAAUGAGAUCACAGAAAUCAAGACAAAUCAAGAACGUCAUCUUCGUUGUUUAAAAAAAAUCUCGGUUUCUCGUAGAAAGAUUGUCAAUCAGAGUCAGAUUUUCGAAGAUAAGAUCAAGGGCACAAAAAUUCUGAUGUACCGGCGAAAAGUCGAAGAGGCGUAAGACGGGUUUCCUCACCGCAGUGUAAACGUUUCCUACUUGAGAGGUCGAGAACAAAAUUUACUCUUCGUGAUGAAGCAAAGAUACUUCUUGUGUUUUCUGUGGACCGCGUUGACCUUGCAAGUGGACAUUUUCGUCGCCGCUGAAGCUGACCCGGCAAUUUUGGGCGGCCCCGAUUUGUCGCAUCUUCAACAGGGUCACAUUGUGCACGAUCCUCGACCUCGUCUCUCGGCUUCCCAGCAAGCCCAGAUUCUGAGCGAUGUGCAGCAGCACCAGCAACGAUAUCGGCGUCCCACACAAGACGUCUCGAAAAAUCAACAGGUUCUUACGUACGACAACGUGACACCCAAGUACCAGGUGCAAUCCAGCACGCCGUACUCCUCUCUGACCAAGUAUAAGGUCGAUCGGACGAAGCAGCAACAGUUACAACAACUGUUGCAACAGCAGCAACAGGUGCAGCAGCUUCUGCAGCAACAACAACAAAAAAUCGCGCAGCAACUCGGCGCAGCGAAUUUCGUGAACGGUAACACACAGGUGCCGCAGCAGCAGCCGCAGCAGCAGCCGCAGCAGCCGCAGCAGUUCCAUCAGCAAUACCAACGAUACAACAACGGCCAAUACAAUCAGAACAGCUUCCAGAAUCGUCAUCAGGAUCAUCUGUCGCAGCCGCUGUUCACCGAUCAACAGACGCUGCAGCUGCAAGAGUAUCUCGAAAAGCAGCGCGAGUUGGAGCUGCUGCAGAAGCAGCGGCAGCAGUUGCUGUACGAGCAGCAGGAAUUGCGCAGACAACAGGAGCUGCUGCGAUUGCAGGAGCUUCAGAAGCUCACUUCGACGACGACGACGCCGCCGCCGCCGCCGCCGCCGCCACCGCCAUCGACGACAACACCUGUCGUCGUCAGCACCACGUCCCAGCCGUUGCUGCUGUCAUCACCGACAGCGCGGCGAAUCACGCCAUCAGAAGCGGAACUCUUUCUCAAAGCGAUCGCUAACCAUCAGAAGAAGUACACAACGCCAAGUACGACCGUCCCGACAACGACGACACAGCUGCCUCCGUCAACCAGACGUACGGUGACCUCUAAGACUUACCAAGAGACGCCGGACGUACCGGAGAACUUGCUCGAUCUACUUCAGAAUCAAGAAAAUCGACUGGUGCAACAAGGCAAACCGAAACCGCAAAUCAAGGUGAUUUAUCAAACCGAGAAACCCACGAAACAGAGUUCCAACGCUAGAAGCACGAGUUCUCAACAAUCCGAGAGGGAACUGUUACUGAAGCAACUCAGACUCGCUUUGGCUCAGUCCAGCGAUGACGACGAUACCGUCAGGAAUGUCACUACCAGGGACCUGGUGCUGCCGAACGGUAAGAAGAUUCAGGUGAUCCACGCGCCGAACGGUUUGUCUUCGAUCGUGCCAUCGAUCGGAACGAGCGCUCAGACCACGGCCACUCAGCCGUCCUCGACAACGACCAUCAAACCGCCGAAGGCCAUCUUCGAGGAGCUAACGAAGGACGGUGUGUUGCCGCCCGGCGCCGAUUUCGAAAUCAUCCGGCAGAAAAGCGACGGUAAACUCGAGGAAGUCGGCAAGACGCCAAUCAUCCAGAAUCUCCCGGCAAAGAAGGUCACUUUUGUCUUGCUGGAAGAGCAGCCGGACGGCAGUUACAAGGUGCAGGGUGUCAAGGGCAAUGACAAGGAGAGCGGUACCGAUGUCGAGUCUAUCGUCGAGCGGAUCAAGAAGGGCGAGCUGAAACUACCACCUAGCUCGCUCAGUCCGACAACUCAGGCUACCACGCUUGAGAACUUCGAGUCCAGUAUCGAUCCGAAUCUGGUGGUGUCCACCACCGGUACAUCAUCCGGAACACCAUUGUCGUCUUUUCAUCCUGUCAGUACGACGGCGAACUUCAGACCGACUACCGUUAGAUCCACGUCGGUCAGAAACAGCGAAAGUAAAUCGACAACUGAUUACUUCCCCUACGUUACGGUAUCGCCCAACUCGGUGUCCACGACCGACAAGUACGUGACCUCGGCGUCCAGCGUCACCGGCCACGUGUUCAACACUCUCAGCACCAGCGGCUCGACAAAGACGAGCCUGUCGGAUCACGUAUCGCGAACCACGAAAUAUCCCUCGUCCACCAGGAGCCAGUUCAUUCCGACGAUGGCGCCGGUGAACGAGAUUGUGACCACGCCAGCGACGACACCGACGACUUUCUCGCAUUCCACAACCACCUCUUACAUCCAUUUCUCCAGAAAUCCGACCGAGGCUUCGUCGACGUUGAGAGUAUCACCUCAUAUCGGCAACACCUUACAGUCCAAUUUGCAGAACGAGAAUGUCGUCCAGAGCGAUUACGAGGGUACCACCGCAUUGACCCCAACGGAGACUUCGGGGAGUUACUCGACGCAAGAAGAUCUGGCUAUGUUGCUGAGAAGAGAGGGUCUCUUCGCGAUGGCCAAGUAUCUGAGGCAGUCGGGAUUAGAUAAUGUGUUGAACGAGACUGGUCCAUACACCAUAUUCAUCCCUACGGACAAGGCUUUCAGAACGUUACUGGUGCAGCUGGGAGGACCAGAGAAAGCUGAGCAGAAGUUCCAUGACAAUCCGAGGCUUCUAAGUGGGCUUCUUCUUCAUCAUGUUAUACCGGGAGCUUUCAGGAUCGAGUCCCUUCAGGACGAGAUGACCGGCGUCAGCCUUGCUGGGACGCAACUACGAGUAAACGAAUACGCGAUGCAGGAUCACGAAUGGAAUGAUAUAAAAGUGACGACAAUAAACGGGGCACGCGUCGCGUCUAACAAGCGGAACAUUGAGAUACCUCAAGGUAUCGCUCAUGCUGUUGACAGAGUCAUGUUUCCGCUUCCGGUUGGCGAUUUAGUGCAAACUCUCCAAGCUGACCGUGAGAGGAGGUUUACCACGUUUCUCAAAAUACUUCACGCGUCAGGAUUAGAGGAUACGCUCGCAGGUCCGAAGACGUUUACCAUCUUCGCGCCGACUGAUUCUGCUUUCACCGAUGCGUCCACAAAGAACGGCGCCCCAAUUUGGAUCGAGGAGGACGGUCCGGAAGCGGCAAAGACAAUUAUCUCACGGCACGUGGUUCCCACGACUCUUUACACCGCGGGAAUGAGAUAUUAUAUUCAAAAGGACUCACUUCGUCCGCAAUCGCCAAUUCAUAUUCACAAAAACGGCGGACGAGUACGAAUAAACGAGGCGAACGUUGUAACACAUAACAUCCCAGCAACCAAUGGAGUAUUACAUGCUAUUGACGGCAUUCUAUAAACCGAAAAAUCACAUAGUAAUUAAAUAGAUAUAAAUUGAUAAUCGAAUUGCAGCAUAUAUAUGUUGCGACCACACACAUACACAUACACAUACACACACAUGCGUACGCGAAUGAUAUUGCUUGUAACUGUAAAAAAUAUAUAACCGUAUAAAUAUGUAUAAAUUUUCUAUAACUGCGAUUUGAUGUGUGAAAAAGAAGAUUAAAUUGCGACGUAUUCAAAGUUAUUAGCAAGUCUGCCGCAUCGCGUUCACACACGUCACAAAUUAAUACGUUAUGCCAUAAGCGUCACGAAAUUAGAAAAACCGAGUAACGAAACCAUUUUUUUUUCUUUUUUUUUUUUUGAGAACAUACGUAUAUAUGUAUAUACAUACCAUAAUUUAUGUAACAUAUAUAUACAUACAUAUCAGAGAGGUGCACUUGUCGUGCCAUGUGCACAAGUACGGAUAAUUAAUCGUUAGUUUGUAGAAUAAUAAACAUAAGUAACAUGCUCUCUUAUUAUUAUA